UAUCUUGUAGAUAAAAAGCCGCCGAUCCGCCGACAACCUCGACGCACCGUCGCACCCGCUCUCGAAAACAACAAAUAACAAAACCCAAAAAACGCAAAACGCACACAAAAUCUAAAGUCGAGGAACAUAUAGGAAUAAGAAUGAAAUAAAAUCGAAUUGCCAUAUAUCUAUAUAUCUAUAUAUAUAUAGAGCCCCCUAAAAAAAAACUGAACAAUCGAGCCAGGCUAAAGUCAAAGCUAAAGGCCACAAUUUAUGCAAACAAAAUCGAAUAGAAAUAGCGAAAGCAGGCAGCAAAUAGAAUAUAUAUAUAUAUAUAAAUCCAAUAAAUCGGCGCGCGAAACCCCCGCGAGUGUUAUCUAAUCUGCAAGAGAGAAGUAACCCAGAAUCGGAAUCGGAAUAUAUAUUAUAUAUAAUACAUAAUACAUAAUAAUAAAAGCUAUAUACUAAAACAGAACCGCGAGUGUGUGUGUGUGUGUAUAUAUGUGCCGGUUGACCUUUGUUUUAUAAUUUUUUUUGUCGUUACUAUUACACUGUGUGCAAACGUGCUCUAUAUAUAAUAUAUAUAUAAUAUACACAAACGAUCUGAAGCCAGAUCGGGUUCAUUAACACAACAUCAAAGCAAUUUGGAAAUAAAAAUCCAUUCAAAUGGCCAUCAAGCAGAGGAAGCAAACGGAAUGGGCCACGGCCACCGGCACAGUGCAGCUUCUGCAAAUGACAAGGAGCAGCAGCAGCAGUUCCUGCUGCAGUUUCACCGAUGAAGCCACCUCCUCCUCCGUCUCCGCCUCCACCUGCCCCACCUUUGCCACCACCUGCAUCACCACCCCCGAAGAUAACCACAACAGCAGAUCCCGCAGAGCCACCUCCAGCGAGAAGUUAACCUGCCAUCUGCGUCACCUGCUCCUCGCCGGAUUGCUUCUAUGUUUGGCAUUGGCGGGCGGGGCGGAGGGGCGGCGGCAUGCGCCGCUCAUGUUCGAGGAGUCCGACACGGGCAGGCGCUCCAACCGACCAGCAGUUACCGAAUGUCAGUUUGGCAAGGUCCUGCGUGAAUUGGGCUCGACCUGGUAUGCGGAUUUGGGUCCACCCUUUGGCGUUAUGUACUGCAUUAAAUGCGAAUGCGUGGCGAUACCUAAGAAACGCCGCAUCGUUGCACGCGUUCAGUGUCGCAAUAUCAAGAACGAGUGUCCGCCAGCAAAAUGCGAUGAUCCCAUCUCUCUGCCUGGAAAAUGCUGCAAGACCUGUCCCGGCGAUCGAAACGAUACGGAUGUGGCCUUGGAUGUGCCGGUGCCCAACGAGGAGGAAGAGCGCAACAUGAAACAUUACGCUGCGCUACUCACGGGCCGCACUUCCUACUUCCUCAAGGGUGAGGAAAUGAAAUCCAUGUACACCACCUACAAUCCACAGAAUGUGGUGGCCACCGCUCGCUUUUUGUUUCACAAAAAGAACCUCUACUAUUCCUUUUACACCUCAUCGCGUAUCGGUCGUCCUCGGGCCAUUCAAUUUGUGGACGAUGCUGGUGUAAUCCUGGAAGAACAUCAACUAGAGACCACACUGGCGGGGACACUAAGUGUCUAUCAGAAUGCCACGGGCAAGAUAUGCGGUGUCUGGCGACGUGUGCCCAGGGAUUACAAGCGUAUCCUUCGUGACGAUCGUCUCCAUGUGGUCCUCCUGUGGGGCAAUAAACAUCAGGCUGAAUUAGCCCUGGCUGGAAAGGUGGCCAAAUAUACGGCUUUGCAGACAGAGCUCUUUAGUUCGUUGCUGGAACCACCACAGACAACCAAUGGCAGAGCUGAUCCUCAACUGGCAGGAGCCGGUGGUACAGCCAUUGUGUCCACCAGCAGUGGAGCAGCCUCAUCCAUGCAUCUAACCCUGGUCUUUAAUGGUGUCUUUGGGGCAGAAGAGUUUGCCGAUGCCGCCUUGAGUGUUAGGAUCGAGCUGCCGGAACGCAAAGAGUUGGUCUUUGAUGAGAUUCCACGAGUGCGUAAACCCUCCGCCGAGAUCAAUGUCCUGGAACUAUCCUCGCCCAUUUCCAUACAAAACCUACGACUCAUGUCGAGGGGUAAACUCCUGCUCACUGUCGAGUCCAAAAAGUAUCCUCAAUUGCGCAUUCAGGGACAUAUUGUGACCCGUGCCAGUUGUGAGAUUUUCCAAACUUUACUGACUCCUCAUAGUCCGGAUUCUGCGACCAAGAGCAGUGGUCUGGCUUGGGUCUAUCUGAAUACCGAUGGUUCUUUGGCCUACAACAUUGAGACGGAGCAUGUGAAUACCCGGGAUAGACCCAACAUUAGCUUAAUUGAGGAACAAGGAAAGCGCAAGGCCAAGCUGGAGGAUCUUACACCGAGUUUUAACUUCAAUCAGGCCAUUGGAAGUGUGGAGAAACUGGGACCCAAGGUUCUUGAAUCCCUCUAUGCCGGCGAAUUGGGCGUCAAUGUAGCCACCGAGCAUGAAACCAGUCUGAUUCGUGGUCGUCUUGUCCCACGUCCCGUUGCCGAUGCCCGUGACUCCGCGGAACCCAUUCUCCUGAAGCGACAGGAGCACUCGGAGAAUCCACAUGCUGUUGGCAUGGCCUGGAUGUCCAUUGAUAAUGAAUGCAAUCUGCAUUAUGAGGUGACUCUCAAUGGUGUUCCCGCUCAGGAUCUGCAACUUUAUUUGGAGGAGAAACCCAUCGAAGCAAUUGGUGCUCCUGUGACGCGAAAAUUACUGGAAGAAUUCAAUGGCAAUUAUUUGGAAGGUUUCUUCCUAAGCAUGCCCUCGGCGGAGCUCAUCAAAUUGGAGAUUAGUGUCUGCUAUUUGGAGGUUCACUCGAAGCAUACGAAGCAACUCCUGCUCCGUGGCAAGCUGAAGAGCACCAAGGUGCCGAAUCACUGUUUCCCAGUUUAUACGGAUAAUAAUGUGCCCGUGCCGGGAGAUCACAAUGACAAUCAUAUGGUCACUGGGGAGACCAAGUGCUUCCACUCUGGACGUUUCUACAAUGAGUCGGAGCAGUGGAGAAGUGCCCAGGAUCAGUGCCAGAUGUGUGCCUGCCUUCGUGGUCAAUCCAGCUGCGAGGUGAUCAAGUGCCCUGCCCUCAAGUGCAAGGCUGCCACGGAGCAGCUCUUCCAGCGUGAGGGUGAGUGCUGUCCCAGCUGUGUGCCCAAGAGGGAAGUGGCUGCCAUCUCCUCCGGGUUAUCCUCCUCCUCCUCCUCCUCCUCCUCGAUCCUCCUCGGUGGCGAUAGUUCACCGGCCACCAAUGCCACGGAUCUGUUGCAGCAACGACGAGGUUGCCGCUUGGGUGAACAAUUCCAUCCCGCCGGUGCCAGUUGGCAUCCCUUCCUGCCGCCCAAUGGUUUCGAUACCUGCACCACCUGCAGUUGUGAUCCCUUGACUUUGGAGAUCCGUUGUCCUCGGCUCGUCUGCCCACCGCUGCAGUGCAGCGAGAAGCUUGCCUAUCGUCCCGAUAAGAAGGCCUGCUGCAAGGUCUGUCCCGAGGGGAAGCAGAGCAGCUCUGGUGGCCACAAGACGACACCAAACAAUCCAAAUGUGUUGCAGGAUCAGGCAAUGCAACGAUCACCAAGUCAUACAGCCGAGGAAAUCCUGGCCAACGGUGGCUGCAAGGUGGUCAAUAAGGUUUAUGAGAAUGGUCAGGAAUGGCAUCCAAUCCUCAUGUCCCAUGGCGAGCAAAAGUGCAUCAAGUGCCGCUGCAAGGACUCCAAGGUGAACUGUGACCGCAAACGUUGCUCCCGCUCCACAUGCCAGCAGCAGCAACAGCAGACGCGUGUCUCCAGCAAGCGGCGGCUCUUUGAGAAGCCGGAUGCAGCUGCUCCGGCACUGGACGAGUGCUGUUCGACGCAAUGUAGACGCUCCCGGCGCCAUCACAAGCGUCAGCCGCAUCAUCAACAGCAGCGAUCCGCUGGCGCCAGCAGCUGAGCAGCUCGAGAGGAUCGAGGGAUCCUCUGGGAGCUGGGAUCCAAAAAGAGCCAACCCAUUGAAUGUCAUUGUUGUCCCGUCACUUGGCUUUGAAGGGGCAGCAAAUGGAAACUUGUAUUAUAUGAUAUGAAGGCAGAAAUGGGAAACCAGAGAAAUAGAGAGAUAGAGAGAGAGAGCAACAGAGGGAGCAAUAGAGAUAGAGAGAUAGAGAGUGAGAGAGAAAGAGUAGUGAUCCUGAGAAAGGAGCUUAAAACCAGUGCAGUUUGCUUUAAAUUCUCCAGCGUAGAAUUUUUCUAUUGAAAGCAUUUUCUGAAUUUCUUCUUCCCGUAACUCCCCCUCACACACCCCCACCAUACACAAAACGAACAUUAAAAUUAAAUUUUAAUUUAUUUAAAAAGAACACAA